AACCAAUCGAUAGUUUCGAAACAAAUGAAUUGAAAAGACGGCGUUGCUAGGAAUACGACUUGCAGAGAGUAUUCUAACCUUUCUGUUUAGAAGAGAAUUGGAGCAUCCAUUGGAAGUUUUUCAUUAGGUCGACUCACAUUUCAUAUUAAAAAUGCAACCACAAAUAAUUUUGUUGAAAGAAGGGACUGACUCAAGUCAAGGAAAACCUCAAUUAAUAUCCAACAUCAAUGCCUGUCAAAAUGUCGUUGAUGCAGUACGAACAACUCUUGGUCCACGAGGGAUGGAUAAACUGAUUGUUGAUGCAAAUGGCAAGAGCACUAUUUCUAAUGACGGAGCAACGAUUUUAAAGAUGCUUGAUAUUAUUCAUCCUGCUGCUAAAACUCUAGUGGACAUUGCUAAAUCUCAAGAUUCUGAGAUUGGUGAUGGUACAACUAGUGUUGUUUUAUUAGCUGGUGAAUUUUUGAGACAAAUUAAACCAUUCGUUGAAGAAGGUGUACAUCCGCGCAUCAUUAUCAAAGCAUUCAGACGUGCUACACAAAUAGCUAUUGAUAAAAUUCAAGAACUAAGUAUCAAAAUUGAUAAGUCUUCGAUUGAAGAAAAACGCAGCCUUUUGCAGAAAUGUGCAGCAACUGCAUUGAGUUCAAAAUUGAUUCAUCAACAACAAGAACAUUUCAGUAAUAUGGUUGUAAAUGCAGUAUCAUUACUUGAUGAUUUAUUACCACUCAAUAUGAUUGGUAUUAAAAAAGUAUCUGGCGGAGCUUUAGAAGAUUCAAUUCUAGUCGCUGGUGUUGCUUUCAAAAAAACCUUUUCUUAUGCUGGAUUUGAAAUGCAGCCGAAAAAAUACUCUCCUUGUAAAAUUGCAAUGCUAAACAUCGAGCUGGAGCUCAAAGCAGAACGCGACAAUGCAGAAAUUCGUGUUGACAGUGUUGUAGAAUAUCAAAAAAUUGUUGAUGCCGAAUGGCAAAUAUUAUACCAAAAGCUUGAAAAAAUUUGGAAAAGUGGAGCUAAUGUUGUUCUUUCCAAGUUACCUAUUGGAGAUGUUGCAACUCAAUAUUUCGCUGAUAGAGAUAUGUUUUGUGCUGGUCGAGUAGUAGACGAAGAUUUAAAAAGAACCAUGAAAGCCUGUGGAGGAGCUAUUGUCACUACCGUGAAUGACAUUAACGAUUCUGUAUUGGGAAAAUGCGAGGAAUUCGAAGAACGACAAAUUGGUGGAGAAAGGUUCAACAUCUUCACUGGCUGUCCCAAUGCUAAAACCUGUACGUUAAUUCUACGCGGAGGUGCUGAACAGUUCCUUGAAGAGACAGAAAGAUCUUUACAUGAUGCUAUCAUGAUUGUCAGACGUAUGAUUAAGAAUGAUGCUGUUGUUGCUGGUGGAGGAGCAAUUGAGAUUGAGCUUUCCCGUACUCUUCGUGAUUAUUCACGAACAAUUGCUGGUAAAGAACAAUUGUUGAUUGGAGCAAUAGCGCGUGCUCUCGAAAUCAUUCCAAGACAACUUUGUGACAAUGCUGGUUUUGAUGCAACAACUAUUCUAAAUAAAUUACGACAAAAACAUCACCAAGGAAAAUGUUGGUAUGGAGUUGACAUAAUGGCUGAAGAUGUUGCUGAUAACAUGGAGGCUUGUGUUUGGGAACCUGCUAUUGUUAAGAUAAACGCCUUAACUGCAGCCAGCGAAGCAGCUUGUCUUAUUUUGUCUGUUGAUGAGACAAUUAAGAAUCCUAAAAGCGGUGAUGGCGCACCACAAAUGCCUAGAGGUCGUGGAAUGGGUAGACCCAUGUAAUUCUUUUGCAUUUCGAUCAAUUCGAUUAUAUAUUUUAAAACAUUAUUAUUGACUCACUCAAUGAUACUUUCAUCUGCUACUUACAAUCGUUAAGCUUCAUUUUUUUCACUAUUUUUCUCUAUAAAAUCAAUGCUAAAGGUUUAUAAAAUUUAUGUUAAACAAUUUUGCCGUUUGAUACAACAAUAAAGAUCAUUUUUAAAUAUACCACUAAAAGUUGUCU